ACAUCCCAUGUCCCAAAUAGAAACGGCGUCACCCAAAACCCUAACCCUCAUUUUAGCCUCCCUCUACUUAAUUCUGUCUCAGUCCCUCUCGGCCGCAGCUCUCAGCCCCAUAGCCGCCGCCUGCUCCGAGCGUAGAUCCGUCUACGCCGCCUACCUACUUCGAAAUGGCCCCAAAGAGAGGCAUAAAGGUUGCAGCACCAGCCAAGAAGAAACCUGAGAAGGUUUCUAACCCUUUAUUUGAGAAGCGCCCAAAGCAAUUUGGUAUCGGAGGGGCACUGCCUCCUAAGAGAGAUCUACACCGAUUUGUUAAGUGGCCUAAGGUUGUUCAAAUUCAACGGAAGAGAAGGAUCCUGAGGCAGCGAUUGAAGGUCCCACCAGCAUUGAAUCAGUUCACCAAGACUUUGGACAAGAAUCUUGCCACAAGCCUUUUCAGGAUGCUUCUCAAAUACAGGCCUGAGGAAAAAGCAGCAAAGAAGGAGCGUCUCCUGAAAAGGGCUCAGGCAGAGGCUGAGGGAAAAAGCAUCGAGGUUAAGAAGCCCAUUGUUGUGAAAUACGGGCUCAACCAUGUUACCUACCUUAUUGAGCAGAACAAGGCACAGUUGGUAGUCAUUGCCCAUGAUGUUGACCCAAUUGAGUUGGUUGUGUGGCUUCCUGCAUUGUGCAGAAAGAUGGAGAUCCCAUACUGCAUUGUGAAGGGAAAAGCACGAUUGGGAUCGAUUGUUCACAAGAAAACUGCGUCCGUCCUGUGUUUGACCACGGUUAAGAAUGAGGAUAAGAUGGAGUUCAGCAAAAUCCUGGAAGCUAUUAAGGCAAACUUCAAUGACAAGUACGAGGAGUAUAGAAAGAAGUGGGGAGGUGGGAUCAUGGGCUCCAAGUCACAAGCCAAAACGAAGGCAAAGGAGAAGCUACUUGCAAAGGAAGCUGCUCAGAGAAUGAGCUAGAAGAGCUAGAACGAUUGUGGCAUUUUCAGGGACAUUUACCUUUCAUUUUUGUUGCCUUUUGUUCCUUUAUUUCUUCUCAUGAUGAUAUCUUUUUCCUCCUGUUUUUGGUUGAAUUAAAAAAAGAAAACCCUUCGGGUGUUUCACCCCCCCACCCCUUCUGUUCACUUGGGAAUGAAAGCAUCCUAUUAUUGGAGAUUUAGAGAAUUCAUUACUUGGUUCCUCUCCCCCUCCUCACCCCUUUUUUUUUCUCCCUUCCUCGUGUUUCAAUGACAGUAUCUAUGAAUGCUGAGUGGUUUGCAGUUUCUUUUGAGAA